AUGACAACUCUGUCCCCCUCUGGUUCAUAUUAUGCAAAUAUCGUAAGCGAUGAACAGUUGUAUACGAUCGAAGUAGUCAACGCGGUGGUCAUCUCUGGUCUCCUCAGUCUGUUCGGCGUGGCCUCCAACAUCAUCAACAUUGUGGUGUUUGCCAAGCAAGGCUUUCAGGACAGCAUGAACAUCAGCCUCAUGGGGCUCGCUGUGUCUGACCUGUGCUCCUUGCUGACCAUGAUAUGGAUAAGCAUCUGCCAGAACCCGCUUUUCUAUCGUUCUGAGUUUAACUUUGACCCCCAGGAUAUCUUGUACCUCACNGGGGCCGUGCCCCAUGUCCUCUUUGUCAAAAUCGCCACUUUUAUCACCGCCUUCAUCACCUUUGAACGAUGUCUGUGUAUCGCUGUCCCUCUGAAGGUGAAGAUGAUCAUCACACCGGGAAGGACAAAGAGAAUUAUUAUCUACAUCUACAUUGGCAUGUCUGUUUUGGUGAUCCCCUUCUGCCUUGGAAACAGACUUGAGUGGGUUUCCGAUUUCAACAAGAAUGCUACUGUGCUAAAAACCACUUUCACGACCGAGAGAGAAAUGCUAGAAGCCAUUACGUUUCUCACCCAAGGCGUAUUUGCUACGACGUUUUCUUUCGUCUUCGUCAUCUGCUGUACCAUCGUUCUUAUCGUCAAACUCAACAGUAAAACAAAAUGGCGUCAGGCCACUGCUACCAAGUCUGAUCGUGCAACCGAAGGAGUUGGGGUCAAAGAUCAAAAGGUUGUGAAAAUGGUGACCUUGAUCGCUUCCAUUUUCAUCGUCUGUACAGUACCUCCCACGCUCAUAAUUCUCUACAUGGUGAUUGACCCAGGUUUCCGUGUUGAUGGUGUCUAUCGAAAUCUCUAUCUUGUCAUUUGGUCUUCAUCAUACCUAACCGAAACUGUCAACUCCAGUGUGAAUAUAUUUGUGUAUCUGAAAAUGAGUUCGAAAUAUCGAGCUGUUUUUAUGAAAAUAUUUUGGAACAAUGAGGAAAAAUAACUUUUUGGACACACAGGAAAAAUAAUGUGUCUUUUUAUAACGAUCAUUUUAAAGAAACAUAAUUUA